AUGCUGAAGACACGGGCGCCUGACGUCCGUCGCUCAUUAGCGACAGCCGCGAGCGCAACAAGCUCUCGCAAGCUUUCAUCCGCCAAAUCCACUACGACGACCAACUCUGCGAAAGCAAUUCAACCGACCGAUCAAUCGCGUCCUGGAUCUCCCAUCGAAGACAAGACCGUCCAUGGCAUCGCCUCAAACAAAGAGGCUCUCACCACUAGCAAAGGCCUGAAGCGAAAAUCCACCGCCUAUGAAAAUGACACUCCCGACAACACUCCAGCGACUAAGAAAGCCAAAACGUCGCCCUCGCCAGAAGCCGACUCUACAGAUCCCGCAGCAGAAAUUCUGUUCCCUACCAAGCCCAACGGAUCUCCGAAGGUAGCUUCUCCGGGUGGACAGGCUCCCAUUACACCCCCGAAGAAGAUAGCUCGUCGCAAGAAGCCUGCUGUAACCAUUCUGCGCACCGAUCUUCGCAUGGGUACAAGCGGUACUACUGCUGUCGGUUCAGGAACUAUCCAAACCCAGAAGCCCAAGCAGUCUACGACAGUCAAGACUCCGAAGCCCGUUCCUGCCGUUCCUGCUCCAUCAAAGCCUCAAUCCACUGCCGAUGCGAAGGCUGAGAAAGAAGCCUUGAAGAACCUCAAAGUAGCCACCGCAGCCGCUUCCGCCUCAAAGCAGGCUUCCACCAUCGUGCGUCUCCGCUCCAAUGAAAUCCCAGGCAUGCUACGACAGCUCGUCGCAGCAGACAAGAGCGUUGCAAAACCGCGUGUAGCAGCUGCGAAAGUCGCUGCAUGGAUGCCGAAGCCGGAAUCGCGCCAGGACAACGAUGAGAUUGGCGACCUCAUCAACGAUGCAUAUAACAGGCCAAACGUUCGGCCUUCAAAGACAGCAGGAAUGUCGGCUGGAGCGAAGAAGCUGCUCAAGAUGAGGAAGGAAACUGAGCGUCAGGCCGGCAGGUACAUGAACCCCGCUAAUGCGUACAAGCGGCAGAGGGAGGAUGAAGACGCGCACAUCGAGCGGGUGAGGAAGGCCGCCAGGCGUGAGUGA